GGGGGAGAUGAAAGGGAAGGAAAACAGCUGAUGGUAUAUAAACAAAAAGGCAUGGCUGUACGGAAGGAUUUUGCGUGAUUCGUUAGGAGCGAAUGGUACUGGAGUGACAAUAUACUAUCGUUUUAGAAGUGUUUUUAUUUUUUAAAGUAUAUUGAUCAGCCAGUAAGCCAGUCGUUCUGAAGACGCAAGAUGAAGCCGCCGCAGUUUGGAGCUGACAUCACGAACCAGACCAACAAUGAAACGAAUCUACCUGCAGUGAUGCAUUGCACACGUAUGGCUGGAAGAGCUAUCAUCAGAGUUGUCGGAAGGUGUAACGACGCACAAGAAAACAACAACCUAGAUCUGUCGGAGUGCCAGCUGAUGCAGGUGCCCGACGCUGUGUACCAUCUCAUGCGCCACACGACGCUCAAAGGCUGCAACCUCUCCAGCAACGUCAUCACCAAGAUUCCGCCGAAAUUCGCGGUCAAAUUCUCUUUGAUAACAGACCUCAACCUGUCGCACAACCAGAUGAGCAAGUUGCCCGACGAGCUGUCGGACCUGGCGGAGCUGGCGCGGCUCGACAUCUCGCACAACGCCUACAUCGCGCUGCCGCGGGUCGUCUUCAAGAUCCCCAAGCUGGCCCGCCUGCGCGCCAACAACAACCACAUAGUCGACGUGGAGGUGGAGAGGCUACAGGACGCGCCCUCGCUGGAGGAGGUGGACCUGCAGGAGAACCCGGUGAGCCCGAGGUGCCACGACGCGCUGACGGCGGUCUCCUCGCCCCGCGUCCUCCUCAGCGCCCGCGCCCUCGAGGACUGGGAGGACCUCGCCGUCUAGAGGCGCGCGGCCUAGCCCCGCAGUCCCGUCGGUAGUGUCGGGAACACAUGGAGCCGACGAUGGACAUACACCGCCUGGCACGAGCCUUCGCGCGGUUCCAAACUUCCCGCGUGCUUCACCACCGGGCACUCACGGUGCGAUUUUAAAACUGCUCAACAUAUCUCGGUGGGUCUGUUUACGCGAAAAGCAUUCAAGAAAACGUUUGUCGGCGGAUGAGUAGUUCUGUUUCCGUAUUUCAUUUGCUAAACUGAAGUUUUAGGAGGCUGCGUGUUUUCAAAAUACACGUUUAGAGAUUUUUUGAAAAUACUCCGGGCGUUGCAUUACACCUUUGUCUUCAUUUCUUUGUCAUCUAAUGUUAUGGCCGACGCUUAACUCAUAAUUUCCCAAUGCACGACGGUAAGACUGCGCGCCAGUUCAGAGCCUCAGUAACACAAAUACACCCCUGGCUGGGUGGUCCACUUGAGUAUGAAACCUGCUUUUACCUUCGGUAUUUUUACCUUACCAGUAUGGUUAUCAAAUCCCAGGCUAUAAUAUUCCCAAUAAUUUUCGAGAACAGUUUACUUAUAGUUCAAAACACGCAAAGUCUCCCACCCAACGCCCCAUAAACCAAUCUGCCUGCCAUGUUCUGAUUGGAUCUCGGCAAUCUGACAAAUUUUUUUCAACUUAUAAACGAUUUAGAAAAAAAUUACUUUAAAAUCAUGAGGUUAAUAAUUGUAUAAUUGUGUAGCGCUCUAUAAUAAACAACCAUGAGGCAACAAUCACAAAGUUACAGCAUAAAGUCACAUGUUGGAAGUUUUAAAUUGCGUGAAGGCUUUAAGAAAAUAACUGCCCCAAGAGCGAACGGGUCAUUUUCCAUUCAUAAUGUUAGCAAAAAAAAUUCUUACCAAUUGUGAGUACCACUUGCAAACAAACGCUCAUGUUUACAUCAUCAGUUGAUUCGGGUGCUUGCCAAUCGUAUGCCGAUGGCCUCGUGCGCAGAAGACAUAAUCGGUCUAUGUCCAUCAUUACUCUAUGUUGAAGAUGUUUGUAACGAGUUCAUUGAAAAAUUUUAUACACAUUUUUACUCUUAUACUUGAUACUCAGUAGGUACAGUGCCUUGUUUCGAUGAACUUUAUAAUUUUUUUUAUAUCGUUGCUGCUUAUUUUGAAGGGAAGGGGAAAUUUUCAGUUUGAAUGGACGACAAAUUAAAUCUUUUGGUGCCUUUUGGUGCAAGUUACGUAAAUCAAAACCUUUAUUUUGUAAUUUGUCUGUAGAAAUUCUGCCAAGUAGUAUGGUAAAGGCUCCGUGGUAUGUUCACGAGGCAAAAUGUGGUAACACAUUUUAGGAUUGUAAUGCAUUUGCAGGCACCAGUGGAGGUGGUUAUGUUAGUAAUCACUCUGCAGGUGGUCUGUGUGGUUGUUUUUUAACUACUGGCAAUAUGUUGUGUGAGCUGGUCUACAAAUUCUAGUCUUUUAUCUUCUUGUUUUCAUAGUAGUUAUUUAUGUUAUGCUUCAUUUUUGAAGUAAAUUGAAAGGUUUCUCUAAGUGCAGAGAUAAAAUAAUCUGUGAGGUGAACAUAAACUGCCUCCGAUUAUUUACAUUAAUAAUUUAUGAACUAUGAUAGUUCAUUGUUAUUAAUAUUCUGUUUAAAAAUGUAGCAAUGUUCUAUUAUUAUUUAUGUUGUUGAAGCAGAUAUUAAGCACAGUACUUUGUAGUAGCUGUUAAGUGAUAAAUAAAAAAUGACAUAGUGAGUUACUAUUGUUUUUAACAUAUGUUGUAAUUAACUUAAAUACGGAAGCUAAUUCCUUUCGGCCAGUAACUACUUGACUUGUUUUUAUGAAUUGUACAUCAAUCUUUACAUGUUCCAUGGUCCCAAUAUAUCUGGUUGUCUCAGGUUGUAAAGUUCACAAAGUAAUGUGAACUAUUAUGACAAUUAUAGGUUGUCACACUCAUUAGGAAACGAAAAAACUAAACAAAAAUUCAUGGGUGAGAGUCAUAAUGUUAUCAAUUAGAAAAAAAACUGCACCAUUUGUAAAUAAGUGUAGCAAUAGGUUCUUUACUUGAUCGUUACCAAACUGUAUAUAUAAACACUGUUGUUCAUUGAUUGUAAUUUAUGAUUUGUGUAACCUAACAUUUUAGAACAAUUUUAAAUGCCAUUAUUUUUGUUUGUGAUGUCAAGCCAAUCAAAAUAAUUAACUAACUUAAAAUUAUUUUUGGCAGCCAACGUGUGAUUGAAAUGCUCCGAUUUCAUUAUAAAAAUACCUUUUAAUUACUGCUUAUUUAUCUACAUAAAAAUUACCUUUAACGAAUAAGCGAUUUGUGUUAGCUAGUGUAUUUCAAAGAUAAUUUUACGGAUUUUGGCAUAAAUUUAAUGAGGUACCGUUUUUUUUUAUUUUAAGUCUUUAACUACUUAAGUUGUUUGACUGUUCACUCGAAACUCAACAGUCAUCUUUACAAAAAACAGAAGCUGACUUCAAAUAAAUUUCUUCGACAUUAGGAAAGAACAUGAUUGAAAUGAAGUAGCAUGUACUAAAAAUGUAUAUGUUUGUAAAUUAUAUUUAUAUGUAAAUAGUGUGAACUUUUAAUAUUCCAAAUGAUGUGAUUUUAAAAACGUGUUUUACAGUUUUAUAUGUGUUAUGUAUUGUUAGUUUUUUCCUUAAAUUUUUUUAGCUUUGUUAAAAAAUUAUUUUAUUAGUCUAAACAGUAUUUUAAUCAACUAUUUUUACCUGUCUUUAAGCCAAACACACCAAGUGUAGGUACUAAUGAAAUCGAGCAACUAUUGUGAAUAUUUUGCAACUGCUUUGAGAAAGAAUAUUGUUCAUGUAGCUAAACAUUUAAUGUAAUGAAUUUUUAUUUAAUAAAAAUGUUGAAACUUA